AGCUCUCCCUUUCUAAUCUGAAAAACAAGUGGUACAACACUGGCUAAUGUAGUCUGACCUACGCGAUAAACGGUCUGGAGAGUACAAAUAACCUGCAAUUAUAGAACGGGGGACGUUUCUUGUUAUUUAAACAGAAAGUGGUUGCUCCGACAAGGAACAUGCAAUGGAAAUGGAAAAACAAAGGAAAGCUGGCAGCUGUGAUGCAGUGACGUCCAUGUGCAGUCCAGCAGGCACUGGGGCAAAACCGAGAGACCCGCAGAAACUCUACACAGCAACCCUUGCGAAAAGGGAGAGCCACAGGAAACGGGACAAGGACACUCGGACUGUCAAAUCGAGGGAGCUCAGCGGCCAGAGCAUCUUCGCGUUUAAUCCCAAAAGCAUCGCAGCAAAUAAGUCUUUAUACAAAAACCCCGUGGAUAACUGCUGCCAGCCGCAACCUGAGAAAACGUUUUCAGCAGAAGAGGCGCGGCAGGUGAUGAAAGCAGUUGCAGAGGAGCGACUGAGGAAUGCAGAGUACGAUGGAAACGCGUGUUCAGCGCUGGCACGGGAGCUCGCAGACUGUGUUAAACACACGGUGAAGGAGCUGCUGUUUUUCGAGAGAUAUAAAAUAAUCUGUUUCGUGGUUUUGGGACCGGUCAAGCAGUCGGACUUGUGCUGUUGUAGUCGGAGCGUGUGGUGUCCGUCUGUAGACACAUACGCAGAAUACUGUUUCAAAAACCACUCGCUUUUUGCCCUCUGCGUUCUGUACGCCGUAUAUUCUGAAUAAAUAACUUAAUCUUCAAAUGCUGCAAUUUGUUUCAAUGUUUAAACGAUAAAUUAAAAGACAAAAAAUCAAUUUACGAAAAACAACUAUGUGAGGCAAACACACGGGACCAACAUAAACAAAAACAAAACACGCACACAAGUCUGGAUAACACUUUAUUUUAAACACUACAUAUUAGGCAUUUAUGAUGUACUUACUUGCGACUAAUUAGCAGAUAAUACAUCGUGUAUAACCUCCUACUAAGGGUCUGUUACUUAUUAUGCUUGUACUGGACAUUAAUAAAGGAUUUGCGUGCCUUCUACUGGUGAAGACUGUUCUUGGCAUAUUAGGUCCUACUAGCUGCUUGUAUAAUACCAUGGUAAUAAAGCAGCAAAACAAAAAUAGUCUAAUAGGAUUUAAAUAGUCUAAUGAGAAAAAAAAUAAGGAACGUGACAUAUCUUUCACAUGCUAAAACUUUACUGAAACUUUUCCAUUUUAAGAUUACAAAAAGAACCUGUUAAAAUGUUGAAUUACCAUCUAGGUACUUACAUGAUCUUCCCAUUUCUGUUUCAUGGUUCAGAAUAGUGCCUUUUAACUGUACUAUAAACCCACCGUCCCCUGUAAGACCAUACAUAUAGAUCCCACCAAUCCUGAACCACAUAAACAGUAAAGACACCAGCUUUGAUCAUCCUUUGUGAUUGAAAACAUAUAAAAAAGACAAAGCAACUGCUCAUAACUGUACAGUAACCAUGACUGUAGCACCAUCAGUAUAUCACCUGCACAUAAUGUGAACACUCAGAGAAGGCUGGCACAUGUCAGGUCAUAGUCAGUUAGAAUAUUUUUAGUGGAACCGUGUGUUUGUACACUACAGACUGUAUUAAUACAAGUGGAAUAGCAGAGGGCAGAAACAUAGUAUACAUUAUAAUCUGGUAACAGUUUAUCCAUUGUAACAAAAAGACGAGAAUUGUUUCUGAGAGUUCUGGUGGCUUUCAUUUCAGAUCCAUGAGCACAGAGGCUGGAUUCUCUAAGUAGGACUUGCAUAAAUUAGAGAAACGGGACAUUGUGGCUCUGUCAAUAAUCCUGUGAUCAGCUGACCAGCUGACAUUCAUGAUGUGAGCUUUUACGACUUCACCUUUAGCAUUGAAUCUGGGCAGGGCCUGGAAAUGGACACAAACAACAUGUUGGUUUCUAGUUUGGUAAGACUUUUCCUUUUCUUAAUCCAAAACUGGAGCAAAUUGGUAUGAAGAUCUUGAUAAUGUGUUCACGCCAAGUGAAAUAGAAUCAUUUUUUUGUGAACGGUAUUGCAUUACAAAACAAGUAGCCAACUAUUUUUAUUAACCUUGUAGUGUUGUGUGUUGAACCUCCAUCUUUUGAGCUAACAUGAACCUUGCCAGCAUGACCAGGACGCUUGGUUUCCAUUUCUCACAAGGUUUAUGAUCUCAUGCUAGUUCAGCUUUCCGCAGUUUUGUUCCAGUACGCUGCGGACAGCUCUUUUAAUUAUUGAUGGAGAGUCACUGGAUGGAAUUUUACAGAGCGUAUUACAGACUCCCCGUGGGGUAUUUAAUAAACUCUCCAAUAAGAGUUCUUUGUUAGGCUGUGAUUGCAGGUAGAAGUUUCCACUUGUGGCCCAGGUCUCUGCUCCCCUGCUGAGCUCAAACUUUUGAAUGCAGGCUUCAAGACCAGCUGGCGAUUCAACAACUUAAUCCCCUCUUCAAAGAAUACAGAGGGGCAUUGCUAAAACAGACUUGUUUCCUGAAUCUUCAUGGAUGCAUUUGCCCGUUCAUCCUGUCCUCCUAAAACAAACAAAAAUGGGACAGUUACCCUUAUGUUAUUCACGCCACUGUAAUUAAUGAGAUUUAUGAGGCUGUUAUAUUUCAUUUGUUUUUACUUCAUGCAACGGUUUUGAGAAUAAGUUAAUUUGCCAUUUAGUUUGUUAGCGGUUGAUUUUAUUGGUCUACUUCAUUCAGUGCACUUUCUGCACCAAUCUACAAUGUGUUCAAAUACAGCUGAAGAGAGGGAAGUAAUCAGACGUUUUAUUUAAACAUUUUAUAUGUAGACAUUUGCAAAAAUAACUGUAUUUUGAUGUUUUCUCUUUAGAAUGUCUUUGGAUUUCUUUCAAUUUGCUGCGCAGUAUUUAGCUGCUUCCCAGGAGGUUAGCUCAUAAAAAAAUAAAUAAUUGAACGACAAAGGGGUUUUGUUUUUAAAAAAUGAUGCAGAACAAGCUCACACUUGGUUGGUCUGUGCUUCGAGAGUCCAGCCUGAUGAGUGGAAAGGGAGAGAUAAUCGUGGGCAAUUAAAGUGGAGGGUGCUCCACACAGAUAAGAGCUAGGUGAGAGCACGGGGCGGGAGGCGGGGUCUCUGCUCUGCUUCUCUCCCCACUUGACAUGCAGAGCACUCUGUUCCAAAGACUGCAUUCUUAAAGCUGGCAUGUGUUUCAGCAAUGUGCUGCGAUACUAUAGUUUAGGUUGUGUAGGGUGAACAUGAGACUCAUCGCACAGUUUUCAUUUAUCUUUGGAGUUUUGCAUAUAGGUCUCUUUUUAUUAACACGUGAAAUUAACAAACAGCAAGGUCGUCCGUACGUUCAAGGCAAAUGCUCCAGGGAUGUCCAUGCUUCCAAAAGGCAUCUACAUAUGAAACCUAAUCCGAACCAUAAACCACAAUCUUACCCCAAACCUUUAAUUCUAACCUUAAUCACUACCCAAUUUGAAAGCUGCUACUCAGUCCCCCUGCAGGACAAAAUAUUAUUCCCUGUACAAAUGAUGUGUAAAUAUUAUUCCCUGUACAACUAAUCCCUGUGCAUUUAGUAAUCAAUAACCAGUGGCAGCAGCAAAAAUGUUACUCUUAAAAGCCAUAAGAAAAACCCAUACUAUGUUUCUGUUAUUAUUCAAGUGCCAGCAUAACUGGAGAUACAAUUCCAAUACGCAUCAUUUGUAUUAUUAAUCAUGGAAAUGUGGUUCACUGCAUUAGGGUACGCUAACCAUCUUUGGCAAGACACAUCAUAGAUACUAUAACAGUGUAAGAUAAUGGCUGGAGAUACCAUAACACAGCAUUCCAGUAAAUUAAAUUUUUUUCUUAUUGUCUCAUUUUACAGACCCUGAUUAGCCCUAACAUGGGACAACCUUAACCAAGGUAACAUUAGGUAGUCCAAGACCAGUGCUAAUCACGGUCUGUUAAAGCAGCCACAAGGCCUUGUUUCUCAGAUAUUUGUUGCUUUGGUAAGUUCAUUGCAUGCAGAUGUCAUCUCGUGGACUUGCAAAACAAACGCAGGCGUGACAAACUCCAUAUUAAACAUUUCAGAUUCUAGUUAUCGCUGAGCUAAAUACCCUGACAAUAAAACGAUCAUUAACUGUAGAAUGACCCACAGGAGGAAGCCAAGGAAAGAACAGAAGAUCUACAAUGGACUUACAAAACACACACAAAGAAUUAAGUGUAUUUAAAAAAAAAAAAAGUUAGCUCUUUUCUUGUUUUACUAAUC